AUGCCUAGGGCUGAAAAAGUAAAGAGUACGCGCUCCGCCCGCCCUCAUCCGUAUGCUCGAGACAUUUCCCCGCCUGCUGAUGUCGGCAACUUUGGUGAGAACCAUGUAGAGACUCGUAGGCCCGUAAAACACGUUUACCAGCUCUUGAAUCCUGAGCCUCGUCAGGCCAUGCCUAGCCCAGGUAUAGUUGAGCGCGAGUUGUCUUUUUCCCCGUCGCCGUCGCCUGUUCCUGUGAGCAGCUCUUCAGAGGAGGAAUCCGAUGAUGAAGAAGGGCACGAUCAAUAUGACGACGUCGAAGAUGACUUUUCCGGGUACGAAGAGCAUCUUGGUGAACCCGGCGUGUGGCCUCGCCCUUCAUUCGACCGUUGGAGAGGCGAGGUCGACGUUCGACGAACAAGCGCAUCAUUGCGACGUUCUGUCGCAAAUGGCUUACAGUCUUUUCUGGAUGAAAGGAUAGCCCCGCUUAUUCGAGCGCCUAGUAGCCCAGUCUAUGGUGUCUCUGAGUCGACGUCGUCGUCGGUCUUGAGUCAACAAGGACGGGUCCGAGAUUCUCGGUCACGUAAUGAUUUCUGCAGGGACCCUUAUCUUGUCCUCUUCUACGGGGAAGGGGAUGACUCUGACCAAAAUAGCAACCUGGCGGAGAAGGUCAGGGAUGAAUUUCUGGAGAUUCAGGAUAAUCAGGUAAUGCUUCGUAUGGACCAACUGCUAGACUGGUGGUUGGCCCGGUUCACCCUGGAAGGGACGGCUCCAUUCUCUGGAAGGAUGGGCGAUUUCUUGCGUUUCGUUCGCCGACAUGAAACGAUCAAAUUUUCCACCAACUCUUUUCCCGCGUUUUACAAGGACUGCCAGAGCGAACUUCGGCCGCUAGGUAUGCAUUUCGCGUACUCCAACGGAGUUAUACCCUCUCGAACUGGCAGUCCUUGGAACAUACUCCCUGCAAAUCCUACACAUAUCGCUACUCUCGAUGCAUGCCGCCAAUUGGACUUAGAUGCGGAUACAAGCAAUAUUUUUGUGGUCUUUGCAAUGGCCGAGAUGUCGUCUCCUCUUAUUCCGCCGAACCAAGCGCCAGCGAUAUCAACCAGUCAAGAUAGUCCUCAUAGCGCGUUUUACGUAGUGCCCACAGAAACUCGCUCUUUUCUGUAUACCUCAACUUCACUGCGACCUCCAGCGACGGCGUCGUGGAUACGCAGCUACCACAAUCCCCCGCCCCGCCAAACAUGGGACACAGAGUUCGCCGACGUGGCUCAGCUUUUGCGCAAGCUUCAACGGCGUCCAUAUACGACUUGCUACAAACAUUAUGCCAUUGUGUGGUUCCAGCACGAGAUGUGCAAAGCGAUGGGUCUGCAGGCGGCCUAUGGAUCCCAAGGCGGCAUGGACGAUGUCGCUGAUUGGCUUACGGAACAGAAACAGACGCCAUCAAGGCUCUUGACCGUCAAGCGAUCAACAAUUCAAAACUGGAAAGCGAAGGUCUAUUCCAACACCGAGAGCUUGUACGUGAAGUUCAAGUCUUUCAUUGAAAAGGGAGGUCGGAUACCACCUGAGAGCGAGAGGCUCUACAUUACCGUGAAGGUCUGGGUAACCAACGAUCCUGGUGCUAUGAUUGAGCGCGGUGGUUUCUAUACAAACGAAGAGUCUAUUGCGAUGAGUGCAAAGGGUUCGGGACACCUUGGUGCUCUGACGGAUGAACAUUUUGCUGCGCAAGUCGCAGCUCAUCUCAGAGCUGAUUCGACGUGGUGGAGGACGGUAUGA